GUAGGCGAGUUGGCUUUAAAUAGAAAUAAAAAUUGUAGGUUAUAUGUUUGUCUCUAGAAUGAAAGACGGAGGAGAGCAGUGUGGGAGAGGAAUCUGAAAAUGCUCGAACGGCGAUGAAUGCUGUUGGUGACCUGGUGAGGGCGGCUGGGGUUCCUGAACCUUUUGUUCUUUCUCUCUUUGGUACUUUGCCAAAGAAUUCUCAUCCUUGUCAACAUUCUGCUUUCUUUUCCUUGAAGACCAGUGAAGAAUUCAGAGACGUGAUGAAUGACCUUAAAAUCCAGAAGGACACAGAUGGGCAAGUGUUUGAAAUACCCUUCUUUGCUGAUCUCAUUGUACCUGUGGACAGGAGACAGACAGCCGGGGGUCAGUGUGCUUCUGGCUGGGCUUUUAGGGAAGCCAGUGCCCUCGAAGGACACAGGUUCCAGAAAACAGGCCAAAUUUUGUCACUGAGUGAGUGGAACCUGCUGGACAGUUCUUGGUCUCAAGGCAGUGAGGGCUGCCACGGUGGCCUGAUGAAUUACGCCUUCCAGCAUGUUCCGAACAACAGAGGCCUGGACUCAGAGGAAUCCUAUCCAUAUCGUCCAGGGGAGGUGGAUGGUCGUGAUCAAGUCUCUUCCCCUUUCCCUCUGCAAGGACGGACCCUGCGCACACAGACCCAGCGUCCUGCUGCCAGCGCCACUGGCCGGUGAGCGUGCCUCACAGGAGGAGUCCCUUGUGCUGGUGGUGGCAGCUGUGGGGCCCUUCUCUGCUGCUCUCCGUGCAAGCCUGGACAACUUCCGGUUCUAUAAAGAGGGUAAGCAUCUGUCUGUGGAGAAAUAUAGGUAGAAAAAUUGGAAAACCGCCCUAAGAUACAGCAGGAGUGACACU